CCACAUUAUGAUCCUAUUUGACAAAACUAAUAUAAAUUCAAAAAGGGUCAAAUUUCAUGUCAUCUCUGUGACAUAAUCUACAGAGAAAUUCAGACUCAAACAACACAUUUCUUUUUUUCUUUUUUAACAUCAAAUGCUAUGCUCAACUUUACACACAAAAGCAUGAUAUUCUUUUCUCUUUAUAUUUUGAGUGUGUAUAAGUAAAAUGAGUUCAAAUACUAUUUUUCUUUUUUCAUUUUUCCAAUAACCCAAAACCACCCUAUUUAUUCCCCAUAUUCCCAUAUAUAUAGCACCCUACACAACCACACAUUCACACCCUUAACCAAAGCUUCUGCUACACCACUUUUAUUUUUCCUCUUAAGCUCUUUACAAUGAACAACCUCAAAAAAUCACCAUGUUUUCCCUUAAUACCAAUCCUAUCCAUGAUUUUUGCACUGAUCCUUUUAGCAACACAUCUCAAUUAUUUAAUUGAAGCCCCAAAUUUCAAAUCAACAACACAAGAAGAAGGGAAAAAACAUCUCCAUUUCCAAAACCAUAUCCAAUUAGUAGCACAUUCAAAAUGCAAAGGACACUCUACCCUGAUCUCUGUGUCUCAACCUUAUCCACAUUCCCAAACCUUGAAACAAAAGCAAUGCCACAAAUAAUCUCCAAAGUAGUCAACCACACAGUCCAUGAAGUCAAAUCUUCAUCCAACAACUGCACCACCACAAUCAAGAAUCUCCAAAACACUCUCAACACAAAUGAGAAAAGAGCCUUAGAUGAUUGUCUCAAACUCUUUGAUGACACCAUAGUAGAACUCAACACCACCAUUCUUGAUCUCUCAAAAAAUCCAUCAUCAUCAUCAUCUUCCAACCAAGAUUUGGAAACUCUACUAAGUGGGGCAAUGACAAAUUUGUACACUUGUCUUGAUGGUUUCUCACAAAGCAAAAAUGGGAAUGCUGUGAGAGGGUUGAUAGAGGAGAAAGUGAUUGAGAUAUCACAUCAUGUUAGUAACUCAUUGGCAAUGUUGAAGAAAGUGAAGACAAGUUUGAAGAAAGAACAAGUGUUUGCUGAAUAUGGAAAAAUGAAGAAAGGGUUCCCUUCAUGGGUUUCUGCUAAGGAUAGGAAGCUUCUAGAAGGUGGAAAUGUGAAUGAAACUAAGAUUGAUGUUGUUGUGGCUAAAGAUGGUUCUGGAAAUUUUACUACUAUUGGUGAAGCUGUAGCUAUGGCUCCUAAUUCUAGCACAACCAGGUUUGUGAUAUACAUAAAAAGUGGAGCAUACUUCGAGAAUGUGGAAGUAAUUAGAAAGAAGACUAGUUUGAUGUUUAUUGGAGAUGGCAUUGGAAGGACCAUUAUCAAGGCAAGUAGGAAUGUUGUCGAUGGCUGGACCACUUUUCAAUCAGCUACUGUUGGUUCAAACACAUCAAAAGGCCCAAUCUAAAGAUUGGCCUUCACCGCUUAUCGACUUCUUUAGAAAAGGUCGGAUUCAACACAGACUCCACUCCAAAGAAGUUGGGCUCGAAGGAUAGCUGGCAGAUAAAGGGACGGUUAUCCAUCUUAAAAGGUACCACCCUCCGUUCUCUCACAAAUACUAGUCGGACGGCAGCUUUCGGACACUAGGCAAGACAGAGACCACCUCCUCUUGACGUUUGGGCCAAUUUCUCAAACCCAAUCCA